AUUCCCCUAUCCUUCCCCCUCAACAUCAUCAACAGUGAGUAUCGCAUCGCAACACUUCAUCACAUCACACGUACGGAUACAAAGCCGAGGACCCAAACGAAGUGCUCGACGAGAAUUGCACAGCAGGCAGAAUUGGGAGAUGCAGUACAGGCUGGUCACUGCAGCGACCGUUUGGCAGCUUCCAAGGACACCCUGAUGAAGACUUCGCGCGUGGAUAGAGAUGGGCAACGGGAUGGUAUACGUCUGAUGCUCUGCUGAGCUGUCAGACGUCGAAGGUUGUGUUCGGCGGGCAUGGGCCUGGACAAGAGCGCCGUGGGAAGCCUUUGGUGGGAAGAGACAAUAGCAGCUUUCUCUGGUGAUGUCCCACUCAUAUCGCGACAGAUGGACUCACCCAUACUCUUCCCCCCAUCCGUUCUCCCUGCCUGCUCCUCAGAUGGGUUUCAGGCACAACAACGUUCUCCACAACAACCAUUUCCGCAAGGACUGGCAGAGGAGGGUCAAGGUCUGGUUCGACCAGCCCGGAGCCAAGAAGAGCCGCCGCAACGCCCGAACUGCAAAGGCAGCUGCCCUUGGUCUGCGACCCGUCAAGCCUCUCCGCCCGGCUGUCCGUUGCCCCACCAUCAAGUACAACACUAAGCUGCGUGAGGGCAAGGGCUUCACUGUUGAGGAGCUCAAGGCCGCUGGCCUGCGCAAGAAGGAGGCUCGCUCCAUCGGUGUUCCCGUUGAUCACAGGCGACGCAACAAGUCUGAGGAGUCGUUGAAGCUCAACUCUGACCGUCUGAAGGCUUACAAGGAGAAGCUCGUUGUUCUGCCUCGCCGCAACAAGGCCAACAAGGGCAAGAAGGUCGACCUCUCCUCGCUCACCACCACCCGCGACACUGCCGCUGCCUUCCCCAUCCCCGCUGGUUACCAGGCCGAGGCUCCUCGUGCCAUCACUUCGGAGGAGAAGGAGUUCAACGCCUUCCGAACUCUCAGGGAGGAGCGUGCCAAGCACAGGAACGAGGGAAUGCGGGCUGCCCGACAGAAGAAGAAGGAGGAGGAGGCCGCUGCUGCCAAGAAGUAAAGAGAUGGUAUCGACUCCAUCUUUUGCCUCUCUUCGCUGCUUGUUCGUGUCUCUUCUGGCGCUCUUUCCGCUCGCGUACGAGCAGCUACUACGAUGCGAUGACCAAAGGAAAGGGGCUGCUUCGGAUGUGCUGAGCGGUCUUGGAAGAUUG